CUCUCAAAAGAGCUCCCUAGAACCACCGCAACCAGAUGGCGGAGCACCACCAGCCACGGCAGCUCCAGAUCCACCCCCAUCGCCAGCAACCCGCGGCCACCUCGAUCCAGAAGCUCCGGGACCUCUUCUCCGAGAAGGGCCCCUCGACUGCCCAGGUCCUUACGGUCGUCACGCUCGUCCCGGUCGGCUUUUUCCUCCUCCUCCUGGCGGGCCUCACUUUCGCAGGCACUCUCAUUGGGCUCGCCGUCACAGCCCCGCUCUUCAUCCUCUUCAGCCCGGUCCUCAUCCCUGCAGCGCUGACCAUUGGCCUCGCCGUCGCCGGGUUCUUGACGGCGGGGGCUUUUGGGAUCACAGGGCUAGCUUUCUUCACGUGGACGCUGAGGAUGAUGAGGGAACUCCUGCCGGAGCCCGUGGGGCAAGCCCAGCGGAAAAUGCAGGACGCGGCGGGUCAUUUGGGCCAAAGGACCAAGGACUUGGGCCAGGCCAUCCAGGACAAGGCCCACGGCCCGUGAAGCUGUGAGGACGUGUGACGGGAGCUUGCAGAGGUCGUCGCUUUUCACGGUCGUCUUUUGUGUGCGUGUGUGUAUAUGAAUCGCGGGAAUGUGUGGCGUAGCAAUAAAAGAUCGUGAUUAGUCUUUAGAGAAGGGCAAAAAGAGAGAGAGAUGACGCGUAUCAAGACAUGAGAAAUGAGGCAUAGAGAUGAUGCUGAUGCUUUGUUUUGGGAUUUGUCUACGCGAGCAUGUAAUCGAAUAAUAUGACUUUACUACGACCGAGUGCUGCUACGUCAAGGUGACAUGAACAUAUGCUUCCUCUCAACUCUUAUGUUCUCU